AUGCCGUCUCGUUCAGAGGUCGCCUACUUCGGCGCCGGUCCUGCCCCGCUCCCCACUCCCGUCGUCGAAGCUGCCGCCAGAGCUUUUGUCAACUUCGACGACAGCGGUCUCGGGCUUGGAGAGAUCUCCCACCGCUCGCCAACGGCGAACAAGAUCCUUGCAGAGUCCAAAGAGGCUCUUACCACUCUCCUCGAUGUGCCUGAUAACUAUGAGAUUCUAUUCAUGCAAGCCGGUGGUUCAGGAGAGUUCAGCGCGGUGGUACACAACCUAGUCAGCGUGUGGAUCGAAAGAAGACGGCGGAAGAUCAAUGCGGCUACAGACGAAGCCCUCGUCGCGGAACUAAAGAAACAAGUUGAAGAGGAGUUGAAGUUGGAUUAUAUUGUGACCGGCUCAUGGUCGUUAAAAGCGGCUCAGGAGGCCGCGCGGUUGCUGGGGGAGAAAUUCGUAAAUAUCGCGGCGGAUGCGAGAAAGGACAACGGAGGGAAGUUUGGCCAAAUACCUUCCGAAGACACAUGGAAUCUCACCAAGACGAAAAAGGAGGGCGGGAGAGCUGCACCCGCGUUUGUCUAUUUCUGCGACAAUGAGACGGUGGACGGGGUGGAAUUCCCGUCCUUCCCCAAGGUGCUAGAGCCACAGGGAAGCGAUGGAGAAGACGAUAGGAUAGUGGUCGCAGAUAUGAGCUCUAAUUUCUUGAGCAGAAAAGUGGACGUUAGCAAAUAUGGGAUUAUCUUUGGCGGCGCCCAAAAGAACAUUGGAGUGGCUGGAAUAGCAGUGAUUAUCAUUAGGAAAGAUCUCCUGCCUCCUCACACGCUCGCCCCAUCACCCUCUUUACUGCGGCAACUCAAUAUCGGCGGUCUCCCUGGCCCCAUCGUCCUGGACUAUGCCACAAUCGCAAAAAAUAACUCCCUUUACAACACCUUGCCCAUCUUCAACCUCUGGGUCGCAGGCCAGGUCAUGAUCAACCUAGCCCACCUCUAUGGUGCCAAAAAGGUUUCUGGCCAGGAGGAAAUCGCAAACACCAAAGCACAAUCGAUAUAUGGUGUGUUGGAUAAAUAUCCUAAUGUUUAUACCGUGGUACCGGAUAGGUCCGUGCGGAGUAGGAUGAAUAUCUGCUUCCGUGUCCACGGAGGCGACGCAGACAAGGAGAAGGAAUUUGCAACAGGCGCAGAGAAGAGGCUGCUUCAAGGUCUAAAGGGUCACCGCAGUGUUGGAGGAAUGAGAGUUAGCAAUUACAAUGCUGUGCCAUUGGAAAAUGUGGAGAAACUCGUGCGGUACCUGGAAGAUUAUGCUAAUGGGCGAGUCUAG